AUGGAUCCACGAGAGUAUCGAGCCUUCGAUAUUGAGGAUGACAUCGCUUCUGAGAAGACGCGUGUCCAUGGCGAGAUGGCGGCGAGGAGUACCGACUCCAUCGCAACACCUUCAAGCAAUCCUGCAAGCAAGCCUACACCACCACCCGACACGCCUUCCGCACAAAUCUACCGCAACUCCCUCCUGCUCGCGGUCGGCUACCUCGACCUGACCAACGCCCUCGACUUCCCCGCAAAUGUCUGGAACAACGUGCCCAUCCCCACCUACGCCAUGGUCCUCAUGGGCCUCGGCGGCAGCAUCGCCCUCCUCGCUAUCGGCAUCGCCGUCUGGGACAUGCUCCGCUGCUGGCGAAACAUCGCCUUCCUCCGCCGCGAGCGAGCCGGCCUCAUCCAACAACCCCUCAACAGCCUCCAGCAGGCCUGGCUGGCCAUCAACACCCGCGAACUCUGCUGGGAGACCAUCGACCGCUUCCUGCUGGACUUCUUCAUGGGCGUGACGGGGCUUUUCGUCGGCGUCGGCACCCUCCUCGCUAUGAAGGGCGAUGAUCACGAAAUUUUCCUCGUCUCCAAUAUCCUCUCCGGAUAUCUCGGAAAUUCUUUCCUCGCGUUGUACGCCGUCGUCAAUAGCAUCUGGUCGGGGAUCAUGUGGCGUCGCGCACAUAAGAAUCAAGCUGCGGUGAGGAGAUCGAACCUGGACGUGGGACUGGCGAAGUUGAUGAAGUUGCAUGCGUGGAAACACCAGAUGUACGCUUUGGUUAACGGGACGACGCUGGUGGUCAGCGGGGUGGCGAGUCUGGUGAGUGCGACCAUGUGGCAGGGGUAUGUGGUGCAGAUUCCCUGUGUGAUCGCAAGUCUUUUCGUGGUGCACUAUUGGAGGUUCUGUCUUGGCUAUGACCGUUUGAGUUUUCAGCAGAGGCUGGGGGCUGGGGAAAUGGCUGUGGAGGCGAGGUUGAGAGCUGUGAUUGGGGUGAGGACGGCACUGGAGAGGAAGUAUGAUGAUGAUGGGGUUGUGGAUUUUGUGGAGGUUAUUGGGGACUGUGGUGAGGUUGGACGGGAUGCUAUCCUGGAGUUCUUGCAUGAUCUUGGGAUGGACCAGGCGAUACUGGCGAGGAUGUCUGCGCAACGAGAAGUGGAGACGUCUGUUCAAGAGUUCUCCGAAGCAGUCAAUAGUCGUGUCAGAGCAGCAGGUCUGCGGCGACUCAAGUACGAAGAGAGGUUCUUGCUGGAGUUGUACGGGUACUAUCUGCGAGUGAGGGAGGCUGCUCCGGCAUGUAGCAAAGGAUGA